AUGUUUCAAUAUUUUAUUCCUAGGCACCAGAAAUUGGUAAAUGCAUGCUACGACAACGACCGAGGUAAUCCUCCCACUCCAAACAUAUUCUCGACGAAUGUUUUACUUAACAAUUUGAAUGAGAAUAGAGUAAAAUUGGAUAAAGUUUUAAGAUACUUGCUGAUUAAACUGAACUCGGAUCUAAAACAGAAAAAUUAUGAUAAGAUAAUUACAUCUCUCAAUUUAAUGUUUUAUUUGAUUAAAAAUGAAGAAGAUGAAAUACCAUUUCUCGUUGAAGAAAUCUGCAAAAUGUUAAUGACAAUAAUGUCACAUAAGUGCAUUAAUUGGAAUAAAUGCGUCAUUGAAAAUGUUGAAUAUGUGAUCCAUUACAUGGCAAAAUUCAAAACUAUAGAACUGUUAAAAAACAAAGAUAAUCAAGGUAUUCUCGUGGAAAUUUAUGUUAGUACCAUGAAAAUGUUUAUUGAUGUAAGCCAAAACAUGUGUCAUGAUGCAGAUUUAGUCAUGAAAGGUUGUAUUAAUUUUGGGUUUUCUUCUAAUUUCAUUUUAAAUCAAUCGUCGAGUAUUUUAUUGAAAAAUGUAUUGCAUAUUGUUAUAAAGCAAUUAUGUAUAAACUUUCCAGAAUUUACAGCAUUAUCGACAAACUUAAUAUUGGAAGAGAAGGAAGAGGAUUUUAAUAACCUAAUAAGUAAAGAUAACAGUUCAGUUAGCACUCAAGAUUUAAAAUGCGAUGAUUCUACAGUGGUUAGCGCAUUAUUCAUGCUAUUUUAUACUUACAACACAACGAAAAUAAGAAUCAUCUUACAACAAUUAUUCUCAAUAAUUAAAUCGUACAAUACCAACCUCUUAUUGUUGACAGUUUUCAAUUUGGCGCCAAAUGCAAUAAAACCGUUAUUAUUAAAGAUAUUUUUGCAUAGCUCCAUUUCUAUUGAUAAAACAGAAGAGUCGAAUAUAUCUUCAAAACUUUUCAUUGUUUCAGAAAUAUUAAGAACAAAUAAAAAUAUCCAUGCAUCCGUGUGGUUUGAAGUCAUAAAAAUAUUAAUGAGCUUUCAAUUAAUACAUUCAGAUGAGAAAACAGCCAUCAGGACAAUUAUCAAAAAAAUUUCAUUGAUCCAAAAUAAAAAUGGUAAUAUAAACAAAACAUAUAGGAUAAUGAAUAUACUUUUAUCGAGUUUAAAUAAAAACUCAUUGAAUAGAAAAGAAAAGUGCGUUAUAUCGAGAACACUUUGUGAUGUAAUAGGAGACCCAUCUACAAAAAAUAUUCCAUUAGGGUUGGCCAUGGAUUUGAUUGAAGAGUUACCGCACAUGAUAGAUGAAAUAUUAGAAUCUAGUGCAAAUUAUAAUACACUGGCACAGGCUAACUUCCACAGAUUGUAUAAAUUAAUCAGGUAUAUCGAAAACAUAGGAAAAGUAGAGGACCAGAAUCGAAUGUUACAGAGCUCUUUGCUAAAAUACAAAAAUGCAAUGAUUGUUGCUGGUUACCAAUAUAUUGAAGCAUCAUGCGUAAUUCCAAAUAAAUAUAUUUUUUAUUACACUUUCCAUGCAAAUGUUGCAGAAUAUAUUCAAUCAGUUGAUUAUAUUAAACUAGCAAACACAAAAAAAGAGUCUACAACAUUUUUCACCGUAUCAGAGAUAUCAACUAUUUUUAAAUCAAUAUAUUCUAAAGAAAAAGUAGUAAAAAAUGAAUCCAAUGAUAACAUCAGUACUCAAAAAUUGGUUCCCUCCGUAAGGUUAACAAAACACAUUGAUAUGCAGAAAGGAAUUAAUAUCUCAGACGACUCAAGCAAAUUCAUUUCUUUAGAAAAUUAUUUUGAAAAAUGUACUGAAGCUCUAUCAACCAUAAAUAAUAUUCCUAGCAAUGACAAUACACAUGUUCAUCCUCACAGAAGAAAGAUUGAUUUAUCUGUUUCUGAUAUUGAAAAAUGGAAGAAUUUUGACAUCAAUCAUGUAUUAUUAAAUAUAACAAACACUCAUUCUAAAGUAAAAAGAGAUAAACCAAAAAAUAUUCUAAGAACAACAAAAAAGAUACCAAUCCAAAAAAGUAAUACAGAUUUUGAUAUCAGUGAUUUGUUAUUUCACGAUCAUUAG